UCUGCUCAACUACAUAUGUACAUGCUGUUAUAUAUGUUAUUGACAUCAGCCUCACUGGUUGGACUUCAAUUUUUCAGCUAAGAGGCUCCUAUCUAGUUUUGGGAGAUCCUGCACAAGGUACAUCAACAGCCAUGUUGCCUUGAAAGAAGAGGAGGAGAAUUGGAUAGUACUAGUCUAGCUUGAAUUAUUAACUGCAUGGUAAUCAUGGCAGAGACUAAUGGUUUCGAUGGCGAUCAUCAACCGACGCAAGAGGAGGAUGCCGCGACAUCAACAAGCCCUGCACUUGAAAUAGAGGCGGUGGCGCCGACAGCAGCAGCAACGACAAGUUCCUCCCCAAACGGGGGUCAACAACUCGACCCGGAACAGCAGGCGAGCGAAAAAGAGGAGACAGGUACCAAAACCGUUCCGUUCUACAAGCUCUUCUCGUUUGCAGACUCCGUGGAUGUCGGCUUGAUGAUUGUUGGUACCAUCGGUGCUGUUGGAAAUGGGUUAUGCAUGCCUUUCAUGACUGUACUCUUCGGCGAACUAAUCAAUUCUUUUGGACAAAACCAGAACAACAAAGACGUGAUUCACGUAGUUUCUAAGGUAUCAUUGAAAUUUGUCUAUUUGGCUUUGAUAGCAGGGGUGGUAGCAUUCCUCCAGGUGUCUUGCUGGAUGGUAACGGGAGAGCGACAAGCAGCAAGAAUAAGGAGUCUUUACUUGAAAGCAAUAAUGAGACAAGAUAUAGCUUUCUUUGACAAAGAAAUGAAUACAGGAGAGGUUGUGAGUCGGAUGUCGGGUGACACUGUUCUAAUUCAAGAUGCUAUGGGCGAGAAGGUUGGGAAAUUUAUACAGCUGGUCUCUACGUUUUUGGGUGGCUUUGUGGUAGCAUUCAUCAGGGGGUGGCUUCUUACGCUUGUCUUGUUAUCUUGUAUUCCUAUACUUGUACUAACUGGUGGAACCACUUCCAUCGCCGUAUCCAAAGUGUCAUCCGCCGGCCAAAACGCUUAUGCUAAAGCAGCCAUUGUGGUUGAACAGACUAUUGGCUCAAUUAGAACAGUUGCGUCAUUUAGCGGGGAGAAGCAUGCCAUAACUAAAUAUGACAAAUCUCUCCUGGAUGCUUACAAGUCAGGUAUUCAAGAAGGCUUAACUUCUGGAUUGGGUGUUGGAGUAGUCUUUUGCGUUGCACUUUGCACUUAUUCUUUGGCUCUAUGGUUUGGUGCAAAGAUGAUAUUAAAUAACAGAUACACCGGAGGCGAAGUGAUUAAUGUAAUUGUUGCUGUGCUAACUGGUUCCAUGUCUCUUGGGCAGGCAUCUCCCUGCAUGACUGCAUUUUCUGCGGGUCAAGCUGCAGCCUUCAAGAUGUUUGAGACAAUAAAUAGGAAGCCCGAGAUAGACAUAUAUGACAACGAAGGCAAAAAAUUACAUGAUAUUUGUGGCGAUAUAGAGUUGAGAGAUGUUUAUUUCAGUUAUCCUGCCCGUCCAGAUGAGCAAAUAUUCAACGGGUUCUCACUUUCCAUCCCAAGUGGCAUGACAGUAGCUAUGGUCGGACAGAGUGGUAGCGGAAAGUCAACCGUUAUCAGCCUGAUACAGAGAUUUUAUGAUCCACAAUCUGGUCAAGUCCUCAUAGAUGGCAUUAAUAUCAAAGAUUUCCAACUGAAGUGGGUUAGGGAGAAAAUAGGUCUUGUUAGCCAAGAGCCUGUGUUGUUUUCGUGCAGCAUCAAGGACAAUAUUGCAUAUGGGAAGGAUGGGGCAACCCUAGAAGAAAUUAAAGCAGCAACUGAGGUAGCUAAUGCUGCUAAAUUCAUUGCUGUCCUACCUCAGGGGUUGGACACCAUGGUUGGUGAGCAUGGAAUCCAGCUGUCCGGUGGACAAAAGCAGAGAGUUGCCAUAGCCAGGGCAAUCCUGAAAGACCCACGCAUUCUGCUCUUAGAUGAAGCAACAAGUGCGCUCGAUGCAGAGUCAGAGAGGGUUGUUCAAGAGGCAUUGGACAAGAUAAUGGUCAGUAGAACAACGGUUAUUGUUGCUCAUCGCUUGAGCACCGUAAGGAAUGCUGACAUGAUUGCAGUGAUUCACCAAGGAAAAAUCGUUGAAAAAGGCUCACACUCAAAACUACUUGAGGACCCAGAAGGAGCAUACUCUCAGCUUAUUAGGCUGCAAAAAGUGAACAAAGAUUCUGAACAAGUUGCAAUGGACCCAGAGAAAUCAGAUUCUAUUAUUGAAUCCGGAAGACAGCCAAGUCAACGAAUUUCAUCCCUUCGAUCCACAAGUCGGGGAUCUUCUGAACUAGGAAAUAGCAGCCGCCACCUUAGAGUUUCAUUUGGUCUACCUAUUGGACUUGAUGUUUCUGACACUCCGUUGCCAAAAGUAGGAGCCAGCUACAACCAAUCAUUAGGAAAUCCUCCAAAAGUCUCACUGCUCCGACUUGCUCAUCUCAACAAGCCGGAGGUUCCAGUGUUGAUAGCCGGAGCUUUUGCUGCAAUCAUUAACGGUUCAAUACUUCCCACCUUUGGUCUAUUGCUAUCAGAGGCUAUUUACACAUUUUUCAAGCCACCCCAUCAACUAAAGAAAGAUUCAAAAUUUUGGGCCAUAAUGUUUGCACUCCUUGGAGUAGCAUCGUUAUUUGCAUAUCCAGCACGGACAUACUUGUUUUCUGUGGCUGGUUGUAAGCUGACGAAAAGGGUGCGAUCAAAGUGUUUCGAAAAAGUGGUUCAGAUGGAGGUCAGCUGGUUUGAUGAGCCCGAUAACUUGAGUGGAGCAAUUGGAGCUAGGCUAUCUGCAGAUGCAGCGACUAUUCGGGCUUUAGUGGGAGAUGCACUUGGUCAGCUUGUUCAAAUCUCUGCUUCAGCAAUUGCAGGAUUGCUCAUUGCUUUCACAGCAUGUUGGCAGCUAGCAUUUAUUGUCCUUUCUUUGUUACCUCUCAUGGGAUUGAAUGGUUAUCUUCAAUUAAAGUUCAUGCAAGGAUUCAGUGCAGAUGCAAAGUUGAUGUACGAGGAGGCAAGCCAAGUUGCAAAUGAUGCCGUUGGAAGCAUAAGAACAAUCGCUUCUUUCUGCGCUGAAGAAAAAGUGCUGGAAUUAUACAAGAGCAAGUGCGAUGGCCCUAUGAAAACCGGCAUAAGGCAAGGCGUUAUAAGCGGGAUAGGUUUUGGGGUAUCUUUCGCCUUGCUAUUUUUGUUCUACGCCUGUUGUUUCUACGUUGGAGCAAAGCUAGUUGACGAUGGGAAAGCAAAAUUUAACGGCGUAUUUCGUGUUUUCUUUGCUCUAAGCAUGGCAGCCUUGGCAAUCUCUGAAUCAAGUGGCUUAGCUUCUGAUACUACGAAAUCUAAGGCUGCUGCUGCUUCCAUAUUUGCCAUUCUUGACAGGAAGUCAGAGAUAGACCCCAGCGACGAGUCCGGGAUGACUCUAGAGAGUGUGAAGGGAGAGAUUGAGCUCCACCAUAUAAGCUUCAAGUACCCAACCAGGCCAGAUUUUCACAUUUUCCGGGACCUCAAUUUGAACAUUCAAUCCGGCAAGACGGUAGCUCUGGUCGGAGAAAGUGGAAGCGGGAAAUCAACGGUGAUAGCAUUGCUGCAAAGAUUUUACGAUCCUGAGUCAGGCAAUAUCACGCUUGAUGGGAUUGAAAUUCAGAGGCUCCAGUUGAAGUGGUUGAGACAGCAAAUGGGUCUGGUUAGCCAAGAGCCAUUCCUGUUUAAUGAAACAAUACGUGCUAACAUUGCAUAUGGAAAAGAAGGAAACGCAACUGAGGCAGAAAUUCUAGCUGCAUCAGAGCUGGCAAAUGCCCACAGCUUCAUUAGCGGAUUACAACAUGGGUACGACACCAUAGUAGGAGAGCGAGGAGUGCAGUUGUCAGGGGGACAGAAGCAACGGGUGGCCAUAGCGCGUGCCAUGGUCAGAAGUCCGAAAAUACUGCUACUAGACGAGGCUACGAGUGCGCUGGAUGCCGAGUCGGAGAGAGUGGUUCAAGAUGCGCUAGACGGAGUGAUGGUGAACCGAACCACAGUGGUGGUGGCACAUAGAUUAUCCACAAUCAAGAAUGCGGAUGUGAUCGCGGUGGUCAAGAACGGUGUGAUAGUGGAGAAGGGAAGGCACGACACUCUUAUUACCAUUAAAGAUGGUUUCUACGCUUCCUUGGUCGCACUUCAUGCGAGCAAUUCAUCAUCCUAAAGCCUCAUCUUCCCCCCCCCCCCAACCAAAAAAAAAAAAAAAAAUUGGAUUUUUGUUUUUGCUUUUACUUCUUUUUUUCCUAUUAAAUUUCUUGUUUCUUUUUUAUUUGUAAGAUGUCAGAAUGUACAGCUCCAUCGUGUUUCCUCUCUAAUUGAUGGGGUGAUUUUUUUUUUUUUUUUGUUAAACCUAAUCUAGAAAGACAAUGAAAAUAUAAUUAGGAAUAUUUGGAUUACAAUUUCAUAAUUUAAAGGACAAACAAGAAGAGAGUAUGAAAAUAAA